ACUAGGCAUGCUGACUUGGAGACUCAACAAGAUCGCUUCUGGUCCCAGAGUGAACUAGAUGCAUGGGAUGCAUUAGAUGAUCUGGGAAACUAUAACAAUACAGAUCCCUAUUAUCAACCUGAUGAAGGUGGUGACAGAUAUCAGGGUAACAACUACCAAUAG